GAGGGCGCCAGUGACGCCCACACACGUGCUGGUGUCCCGGGAAGAGUUUUCCUGGCAAUGAGCUCAGGAACGUUGGAUCUUAAUCAAGGCUUUCUCGGUCAGAGUGUGGGUUGGACUUAAGGCUCCAGCAAGCCCCGCCCCACACGGCGGGUCGGUGCCGCCCGGUCCCAGGUGCCCGCUACUUCCCAGAACCGCCGCCUCCCGCUCUGGGCCCUCGAACCAGCGCGGACACCACAAUGGACAGGGCGUCCGAGCUGCUCUUCUACGUGAACGGCCGCAAGGUGAUAGAAAAAAAUGUUGAUCCUGAAACAAUGCUGUUGCCUUAUCUGAGGAAGAAUCUUCGACUCACGGGAACUAAGUAUGGCUGUGGAGGAGGAGGCUGUGGUGCUUGUACAGUGAUGAUAUCACGAUAUAACCCCAUCACCAACAGGAUAAGGCAUCACCCAGCCAAUGCCUGUCUGAUUCCCAUCUGUUCUCUGUAUGGUACUGCCGUCACCACAGUAGAAGGCAUAGGAAGCACCCACACCAGAAUUCAUCCUGUUCAGGAGAGGAUCGCCAAGUGUCACGGCACCCAAUGUGGCUUCUGCACACCCGGGAUGGUGAUGUCCAUCUACACGCUGCUCAGGAACCACCCGGAGCCCACUCUGGAUCAGCUGACUGAUGCCCUUGGUGGUAACCUGUGCCGUUGCACUGGAUACAGGCCCAUAAUUGAUGCAUGCAAGACUUUCUGUGAAACUUCGGGCUGCUGUCAAAGUAAAGAAAAUGGAGUUUGCUGUUUGGAUCAAGGAAUCAAUGGAUUGCCAGAAUUUGAGGAAGGAAGUAAGACAAGUCCAAAACUCUUCGCAGAAGAGGAGUUUCUGCCAUUGGAUCCAACCCAGGAACUGAUAUUUCCUCCUGAGCUAAUGAUAAUGGCUGAGAAACAACCGCAAAGGACCAGGGUGUUUGGCAGUGAGAGAAUGAUGUGGUUUUCCCCCGUGACCCUGAAGGAACUGCUGGAAUUUAAAUUCAAGUAUCCCCAGGCCCCUGUCAUCAUGGGAAACACCUCUGUGGGGCCUGAAGUGAAAUUUAAAGGCGUCUUUCACCCAGUUAUAAUUUCUCCUGAUAGAAUUGAAGAACUGAGUGUUGUAAACCAUACAUAUAAUGGACUCACCCUUGGUGCUGGUCUCAGCCUAGCCCAGGUGAAGGACAUUUUGGCUGAUGUAGUCCAGAAGCUUCCAGAGGAGAAGACACAGACGUACCAUGCUCUCCUGAAGCAUUUGGGAACCCUGGCUGGGUCCCAGAUCAGGAACAUGGCUUCUUUAGGGGGACACAUCAUUAGCAGGCAUCCAGAUUCAGAUCUGAAUCCCAUCCUGGUUGUGGGUAACUGUACCCUCAACUUGCUAUCAAAAGAAGGAAAACGACAGAUUCCUUUAAACGAGCAGUUCCUCAGCAAGUGCCCUAAUGCAGAUCUUAAGCCUCAAGAAAUCUUGGUCUCAGUGAACAUCCCCUACUCAAGGAAGUUGGAAUUUGUGUCAGCCUUCCGACAAGCCCAGCGACAGGAGAAUGCACUAGCAAUAGUCAAUUCAGGAAUGAGAGUCUUUUUUGGAGAAGGGCAUGGCAUUAUUAGAGAGUUAUCCAUCUCAUAUGGAGGCGUUGGUCCAGCCACCAUCUGUGCCAAGAAUUCCUGCCAGAAACUCAUUGGAAGGCACUGGAAUGAAGAAAUGCUGGAUACAGCUUGCAGGCUUGUUCUGGAGGAAAUCUCCCUUUUGGGCUCAGCACCAGGUGGAAAGGUGGAGUUCAAGAGGACUCUCAUCAUCAGCUUCCUCUUCAAGUUCUACCUGGAAGUGUCACAAAUUUUGAAAAAGAUGGACCCAGUUCACUAUCCUAGCCUUGCAGACAAGUAUGAAAGUGCUUUAGAAGAUCUUCAUUCCAAACAUCACUACAGUACAUUAAAGUACCAGCAGCAUAUAGGCCCAAAGCAGCAUCCUGAAGACCCAAUUGGCCACCCCAUCAUGCAUCUGUCUGGUGUGAAGCAUGCCACGGGGGAGGCCAUCUACUGUGAUGAUAUGCCUCCGGUGGACCAGGAACUUUUCUUGACUUUUGUGACUAGUUCAAGAGCUCAUGCUAAGAUUGUGUCUAUUGAUCUGUCAGAAGCUCUCAGCAUGCCCGGUGUGGUGGACAUCAUGACAGCAGAACAUCUUAGUGACGUCAACUCCUUCUGCUUUUUCACCGAAGCUGAGGAAUUUCUGGCAACAGAUAAGGUGUUCUGUGUGGGUCAGCUUGUCUGUGCCGUGCUUGCUGAUUCUGAGGUUCAGGCAAAGCGAGCUGCUAAGCAAGUGAAGAUUGUCUAUCAAGAUUUGGAGCCACUGAUCCUAACAAUCGAGGAAGCUAUACAACACAACUCGUUCUUCGAGCCAGAAAGGAAACUGGAAUAUGGAAAUGUUGAUGAAGCAUUUAAAGUGGUUGAUCAAAUUCUUGAAGGUGAAAUACAUAUGGGAGGUCAAGAACAUUUUUAUAUGGAAACCCAAAGCAUGCUUGUUGUUCCCAGGGGAGAGGAUCAAGAAAUGGAUGUCUACGUGUCUACACAGUUUCCCAAAUAUAUACAGGACAUUGUUGCCUCGACCUUGAAGCUCCCGGCUAACAAGGUCAUGUGCCAUGUAAGGCGUGUUGGUGGAGCAUUUGGAGGGAAGGCGUUCAAAACCGGAGUCAUUGCAGCCAUCACUGCAUUUGCCGCAAACAAACAUGGCCGUGCAGUUCGCUGUGUUCUGGAACGAGGAGAAGACAUGUUAAUAACUGGAGGCCGCCAUCCUUACCUUGGAAAGUACAAAGCUGGAUUCAUGAAUGAUGGCAGAAUCUUGGCCCUGGACAUGGAGCAUUAUAGCAAUGCAGGCACCUCCUUGGAUGAAUCAUUAUUGGUGAUAGAAAUGGGACUUCUGAAAAUGGACAAUGCUUACAAGUUUCCCAACCUCCGCUGCCGGGGUUGGGCAUGCAGAACCAACCUUCCAUCCAACACGGCUUUUCGUGGGUUUGGCUUUCCUCAGGCAGGGCUGAUCACCGAAUCUUGUAUCAUGGAAGUUGCAGCCAAAUGUGGACUAUCCCCUGAGAAGGUGCGAAUGAUAAACAUGUACAAGGAAAUUGAUCAAACACCCUACAAACAAGAGAUCAAUGCCAAGAACCUGAUCCAGUGUUGGAGAGAAUGUAUGGCCGUGUCUUCCUACUCCUUGAGGAAAGCGGCUGUGGAAAAAUUUAAUGCGGAGAAUUACUGGAAGAAGAAAGGACUGGCCAUAGUCCCCCUGAAGUAUCCUGUUGGCCUUGGCUCACGCGCUGCUGGUCAGGCUGCUGCCUUGGUUCACAUUUAUCUUGAUGGCUCUGUGCUGGUCACUCACGGUGGAAUUGAAAUGGGGCAGGGGGUCCACACUAAAAUGAUUCAGGUGGUCAGCCGUGAAUUAGGAAUGCCAAUUUCGAAUGUCCACCUGCGUGGAACAAGCACAGAAACCGUCCCUAAUGCAAAUGUCUCUGGAGGUUCUGUGGUGGCAGAUCUCAACGGGUUGGCAGUAAAGGAUGCCUGUCAAACUCUUCUAAAACGCCUCAAACCCAUCAUCAGCAAGAAUCCUAAAGGAACUUGGAAAGACUGGGCACAGACUGCUUUUGAUGAAAGCAUUAGCCUUUCAGCUGUUGGAUACUUCAGAGGUUAUGAGUCAGACAUAAACUGGGAGAAAGGCGAAGGCCAUCCCUUCGAAUACUUCGUUUAUGGAGCUGCCUGUUCCGAGGUUGAAAUAGACUGCCUGACGGGGGAUCAUAAGAACAUCAGAACAGACAUUGUCAUGGAUGUUGGCUGCAGUAUAAAUCCAGCCAUUGACAUAGGCCAGAUUGAAGGUGCAUUUAUUCAAGGCAUGGGACUUUAUACAAUAGAAGAACUGAAUUAUUCUCCCCAGGGCGUUCUGCACACUCGUGGUCCAGACCAAUAUAAAAUCCCUGCCAUCUGUGACACACCCACAGAGUUUCACAUUUCUUUGUUGCCUCCCUCUGAAAACUCAAAUACUCUUUAUUCAUCUAAGGGUCUGGGAGAGUCGGGGGUGUUCCUGGGGUGUUCCGUGUUUUUCGCUAUCCAUGAUGCGGUGAAUGCAGCACGACGGGAGAGAGGCCUGCACGGACCCUUGAGCCUUAAUAGUCCACUGACCCCGGAGAAGAUUAGGAUGGCCUGUGAAGACAAGUUCACAAAAAUGAUUCCGAGAGAUGAACCUGGGUCCUAUGUUCCUUGGAAUGUACCCAUCUGAAUCAAAUGCAAACUUCUGGAGAAAAUGGAGUGGCUCUUCCCAGAUGGCAAUCUGUCCUAUCUCUGUGCUGGAAGACACUAGAUCUGAAAGACAUAGUGUCCACAGUUCAGAAAUCAUCCCACAGUGUUGCUUUUCUAUGGAGCUGAUUUAAAGUAUUCCAUUUAGAUUUGAUAGAUACGCUUAAGCAAUCUAUAAAUCAUUUUCAAUGUUAUAAACACUAAUUGGUUUCCUCUAGGGUGAUAUUCGCCAUUACUCUGUCUCUUUGAUCCAUCCAGCUAAAUGGAAUAGACGAUGACUUGCAUAUGACUCAUACUUGGCUUGUAUCCACCAACAGAAAUUAUACCAUAUAGUGAAAGGCAAUUUUCUAAAUAAUUUCAUUACUAAUAUGAACUGUGAAGUUGUCAUUUUUUCAUUUGUCCCUUUCUGCUGUCACCUUCCUCUUGUCUGAAUGAAUAUAGACACUGUAUCUAAGUGAGACCAAAGGAAAAAGAGCAAACUUUCACCAAAGUUUUCAUGAAAACCGAAAAGCUUUAAAGGUUACUAUCAAGAAAUUGAAAGGAAACCCACAGAAUAGCAUAAAAUAUUUGUGAAUCAUAUAUUUGAUAAAGGUCUUAUAACCAGAGAUAUGACGAGCUCUUACAACUCAAUAAAAGGCAAGUAAUUUAAAAAUAAGCAAAAGAAUUGCUGGAUGGUAUGGUAGUUCUAUUUUUAGUUUUUACCCUAACUACUCUUACUUGAUCAUUUAACAUUCUAUGUAUGUAACAAAAUAUCACAUGCAUAAAUAUUAUGUAUCAAUAAAAUUUUUUAAUGGGCAAA